UCUUCUCUAAUUAGAUAUUUUAAGCAAAAACAUCCCCACAUUUACUUUGUACUCUUUGCAACUCAUUUCCUAAACAUUGUUUCAGUUCCUUUUCUUUUCUUAUUCAAUGGAAAAUAAAGGAAUAAGAAUUUUUCUAUGAAGUAGUAGUACAGUGAGGAAGCUAGAGUGUGAUUAAUAUUUACUAUAUUGGUCAUGGCAGAAUUUUUAGGUACUAAACUUUGCUUAGCAACCUUAUUCUUAUUCUUAUUCUUCAUCAUCAACUGUGUUUCUUGUGCUGCAUUUGUUCAGCCAAAAGCUCAGGCACACCCUCACCCAAAAAUCUUACCAAAACCUCUACCAAAAUCAAACUUACUAAGUUGUGAUUCAAAAUCCCCCCUAGCAUCUGGUUACCAUUGCAACGCCCCUGCAUCAGUACAAGAGCAUUGUUCUACAUUUGCACUAUUUCGCGCCAAUUCUCGUUACUCUUCCCUUCACAAUCUCACUUUUUACUUAAGUCUUAAUCGGAAAGUUCUUGACGGUGCAAAUGGUUUCACUCCGAAAAACGAUUUGCUUGUAAAAGAUCAAGCUAUUUUGAUCCCAAUUGAAUGCAAGUGCAAUGGUAGUUUCUUUCAGUCAGAUGUUACUAAAACAACCAUCAAGAAAGAUGGCUUUUAUGAAAUUGCUGAAUCUUUGGAAGGUUUAACAACUUGUAAAGCUAUCCAAGAGAAGAACAAAGGUGUAUCUCCAUGGGAUCUUAAAGAGAAACUCCGGGUAUUGGUUCCGUUACGAUGUGCUUGUCCAACUCAAUUGGAGCUAAAACAAAAAACAGCAAUGUUACUUUCUUAUCCUGUAGCAGUUGGUGACACAAUUCAAAAUGUGGCCUCUAAAUUCAAAGUAACCCCGGCUGCUAUAAUCUCCGCCAAUAGCCGAUCAGGUCCUUUCAAACCAACAAAACUUGAACCUCUUUCAACCCUUUUGAUUCCACUUGCCAAGAAACCUGCAAUCAUACCUGGAAUUGGGUUCUCAAAACCUCCCAAGUUGGCUAAGCUUAAUGUUACGAACAAGCCAUUUGUAAAGCCAGCAAUGCAGAAGCCCAAGAAGAAGAAAAAGAACAACAUGGUUGGAGUUUACGCCGGAGUUGCUGUGGUCGGAAUUGUAGCAAUUAUUGGAGUCGGUGCAGCAAUAUUCGUAACUCAGUCGAAGAAGCAGAAGUUGCAAGACUUGAGCAAGAGGAAUGAUGAUGUUGAGCUUCACCACCUGAGUAUCAGAACCAAGAGUGAAAUAAAAACAGUUUCGGAAUUCUCUCAUGAUCCUUUAGAUGGGCCAAUUAUGGAUGUUACACCUCACAAAAUGGGGGUAGGAACAUACUCAACUGAAGAGCUACAAAGAGCUACCGAUGAUUUCCAUCCGAGUAAUCUAAUUGAAGGAUUCACCUUUCAUGGUCGUCUCAGCGGGAAGAAUUUGGCCAUAAAACGAACACAACCGGACGCAAUCGCCAAGAUGGAGUUCGGCCUCUUCCAUGAUGCAUACCAUCACCAUCCUAAUAUACUUCGACUUCUUGGUACGUGUUUGAUAGACGGUCCUGAUUCAUUUCUUGUUUUCGAGUAUGCUAAAAAUGGGUCCUUGAAAGAUUGGCUUCAUGGUGGAUUAGCAAUGAAAAGUCAAUUCAUUGCUUCAUGCUACUGUUUCCUGACAUGGAAACAGAGAAUGAAGAUCUGUCUAGAUGUAGCUAUGGGAUUACGGUACAUGCACCAUGUUAUGAAUCCAAGCUAUGUCCACCGCAACAUAAAGAGUAGAAACAUUCUUCUAGACGAUGAAUUCAAUGCCAAAAUCGGAAAUUUUGGUAUGUCUAGAUGUGUUCAAGACGAUGCAGACGACUCAAAAUCUCUCCUGACUCAUCCAGCAACAUGGAGCAGAGGAUACUUAGCUCCUGAGUACUUAAAACAUGGAAUAAUUUCGUCAAGCAUUGACAUUUUUGCAUAUGGGGUAGUUUUACUCGAGGUUUUAUCUGGCAAAACACCUGCAACAAGAGCUGAUGAUAAGGGAGAAGGAAGUGUUCUACUUUCAAAUAAGAUUAAGAGCAUCCUAGCGUCGAGUAAUUGUAAUAAUGAACUUAAGGAUUGGAUGGAUCAUGCAAUGGGAGAUGCUUAUUCAUUUGAUACUGCACUUACUUUAGCCAAAUUAGCUAGAGAAUGUGUUGAAGAUGAACCAGGUCUAAGACCUACUGCAAAAGAAAUUGUUGAUAAGUUAUCACGACUAGUCGAUGAAUUACCCGAUGGAGAUCAUAUUUCAAGCAGUGGAAGUUCUUCUAAAUCUCAAGUUAAGGUACGUUCAAAUGAUCAUGCCUAGGAUAAAGUUAGCUUUAGUUUACUCUCAGUAUCAAAGUUGUAGGGGUGUUUUCUUCUUCGUAAUAAGAAUGAUUUUACUUGUAAUGUUAUAGAGUUUGUGUUAAUUAAGCUGCAUUAGGGUGUCAUUUCUAAAACAUGGGGUUUCUUGGUUUUCUUCUCUUUGUGUAUGUAUAUAUAUUACAUAUCUCUAAUAUAUAUGUUUGUAAUCAAGAGACUUAAAGAUUGAGACA